AUGUCUGCACAGCGCGAUGUGAGCAGCUCGCCAGACUCUUCACCACCCUCGGAGCUGCAUCAACGGAAGGGGAUUUCGCACCAAUUCGACGUUGAGGAUGGCGAUGAUACUGCAUAUGCUGGCCUUCCAGGCCACACAAGCAACGAUGCGCGGGACAUGGGUCGAAUGGGCAAGACUCAGGAGCUGAGACGAGACUUCCGACCGCUGUCUGCAUUGGCGUUCACUGUCAUUCUGCAGGGUACAUGGGAAGUUCUGCUUGUGGCUACAACUCAAGGCAUGGUCGACGGAGGUAUUGCUGGUCUGUUUUGGUCCUACGUCUGGACAUGGCUCGGGUUCAGCACAGUGAUGGCUUCUCUUGCUGAGAUGGCUCGAUGGCGCCGACUGCUGGAGGACAAUAGUGACCACUGGGUCUCGGAGUUUGCGCCUAUCAGAUACCAGAAAAUCUUGAGUUAUGUCACAGGCUGGAUGGCGACGUUGUCCUGGCAAGCGGGUACUGCGUCCGGGCCGUUCCUCGUCGGCACGCUUAUCCAAGCCCUGAUCCAGGUCAACGACGCUGACUACGUCUGGGAGAAUUGGCACGGGACCUUACUUGUCAUCGGCAUCACCCUCCUCGUCUUCGCCUCGAAUGUCUGGGGUGCACGCGCAAUGCCCAUGGCACAGAACCUCAUGCUGGUAGUGCACGUCUUUGGCUUCAUCAGCAUUAUUGUCGUGUUCUGGGUCCUCGCACCUCACAACUCUGCGAAGACGGUCUUCACAGUCUUCACCAACAGUGGAGGUUGGAGUUCGAUGGGCUUGUCACUUAUGGUGGGACAGAUCUCGGCGAUUUAUGCCUGCAUCUGCUCCGACGCCGCGGCUCAUCUGGCCGAAGAGAUCAAAGACGCCGGCGUGACGGUUCCACGCGCCAUGGCAUGGGCUUACAUAUUGAACGGUGGCCUCGGCUUCGUCUUCCUCAUCUCCUUCCUCUUCGCCAUCACCGAUCUCGAUGCUGCUCUCAACGACGAGACGGGCUAUCCUUUCCUCACAGUCUUUGCGGCUGCUGUCAAUACCGGUGGCGUCAACGGUCUGACUGCCAUCGUCACUAUCCUCAUCUUCGCUGGCACCGUCAGCUUCAACCUUUCGACCAGUCGACAGACAUGGGCAUUCGCCCGUGACCAGGGCCUGCCAUUCAGCAAGUGGAUCGCGCACGUCCAUCCCGGCCUCAAGGUCCCUGCCAACAGCGUUGCUUUCACAUCAGCCAUCACGAUCCUGCUGUCCCUCAUCAAUAUUGGCUCCGAUGUCGCUUUCAACGCGAUCAUCUCGCUCAAUCUGGUGUCCCUCAUGUUGACAUACAUGGUCUCUAUCGGCUGCGUACUCUACCGCCGAGUCUAUCAGCCCGACCUGCUUCCGCAUGCUCGCUGGAGCCUGGGGAAGAUGGGCGCCCCGAUCAAUGCAGCAGGCUUCAUCUACAGCACUUACGCGUUCUUUUGGUGCUUCUGGCCUAAUGCGACACCUGUUACGGCCGAGGACUUCAAUUGGGCUGUGGUCAUGUUCUUUGCGAUUCUGUUCUUCUGUGUGAUAGAUUGGUUUAUUCGGGGCCGGAGGAAGUUUACUGGACCUGUUGUGUUAGUCGAUGGUUGGACUGGACCGGCUACGGGAUGA